UCAUGUGGGCCAAAGAAAGCUACACAUUGGAAUAUCAAGCUAUAUGUUUGUGGAAGAAGAAUGAUAAUAUGCCAAUUGACCAAAAGAACAUGCUCUAACUGUUUGUUUUUCUUUCUGAACAAACAAAUUUCUAAACCUAAAAAGAUGAUCAGUCAUUUCUAUCUUCUUCUUCUUCAUCUUCUCUUUUAUGUCUUCUUCCUUUGUUCUGUAUCAAAUGGGGAAGCGGAACCAAUUGGCUAUGGCUACAAAAUUCAAUCAGCUGGAAUUGAUGCCUCUGGAAAGCUUUUGAGAGCUGAUCUUCAACUUAUCAAGAAUUCUUCCACUUUUGGCUCUGAUCUUCAAAAUCUCAACCUUAUUGCCAGCUUCGAUGCAAAAGACCGUUUGAGAAUUCGAGUUUCAGAUUCCAAUAAGCAAAGAUGGGAAAUUCCACAAAAAAUAAUUCCCCGCCAAAAUCUUAACUUAGCAGUAGUAAACCAUCUCAGUUCAUUUCAACACCAAUAUCUUUCACAUCCCAAAUCUGAUCUAGUCUUCACUCUCUACAACACCAUUCCUUUUGGCUUCUCUAUAACACGCCGUUCCUCCGGCGAUGUUCUUUUCAAUGCCUUGCCGGACCCAUCGGAUUCCGGCACCUUUCUUGUUUUCAAAGACCAAUAUAUCCAAUUCUCCUCUUCCCUUCCUAAAAAUAGGUCUUCCCUUUAUGGGCUCGGGGAGCAUACAAAAAAAUCUUUCAAAUUAGUGUCAAAUGAGACCGAGACUUUGACUCUAUGGAAUGCUGAUAUUGCCAGUCUUAAUCCUGAUCUUAAUCUCUAUGGGUCCCAUCCGUUUUACAUGGAUGUCAGAUCGCCGUCACCCGACGGUAAGGUUGAAGCAGGGACUAGUCAUGGGGUUUUGUUGCUUAAUAGUAAUGGUAUGGAUAUAAGUUAUGGAGGGGAUAGAAUUAGUUACAAGGUAAUUGGUGGAAUUAUUGAUUUGUAUGUUUUCGCCGGGCCUUCCCCGGAGUUGGUAAUGCAGCAAUAUACAAAGCUCAUUGGCCGGCCUGCCCCUAUGCCUUAUUGGUCCUUUGGGUUUCAUCAAUGUCGGUGGGGUUACCGGAAUGUUUCCGAUCUAGAAGGGGUUGUUGCAGGCUAUGCAAAAGCUGGUAUUCCUCUUGAAGUAAUAUGGACAGACAUUGAUUACAUGGAUGGAUAUAAAGAUUUCACUCUUGAUCCUAUCAAUUUUCCUCGAGAAAAAAUGAAGAAUUUUGUUGAUACUCUUCACCAAAAUGGUCAAAAAUAUGUGCUUAUAUUGGAUCCUGGUAUUAGUGUGGACAGUACAUAUGCAACUUCUAAAAGAGGGAUGGAAGCUGAUAUAUUCAUCAAACAUGAUGGCAUUCCUUACGUGGGAAAGGUCUGGCCUGGAUCGGUCUACUAUCCGGACUUUUUACAUCCGGCAGGCGAACAGUUUUGGAGUAAUGAGAUCAAAUUGUUUAGAGAUAUUCUCCCCUUUGAUGGUAUUUGGCUUGAUAUGAAUGAACUGUCCAAUUUCAUAACUUCCUCUCCUACACCAUCCUCUACCCUUGAUAAUCCUCCUUACAAGAUUAACAAUUCCGGCGGUCAACUACCGAUUAAUUCUAGAACAAUUCCGGCAACAUCUUUACACUACGGUGAUAUUGUGGAGUACAAUGUUCAUAAUCUUUACGGUUUUCUGGAAUCAAAAGUUACUAAUGCAGCUUUAAUCAAUGGGACAAAUAAAAGGCCUUUCAUUCUUUCUAGAUCAACUUUUGUUGGUUCCGGUAAGUACACAGCACAUUGGACUGGAGAUAAUGCUGCUUCGUGGGAUGAUUUAGCAUACUCAAUUCCUACUAUAUUGAAUUUUGGAUUGUUCGGAAUUCCAAUGGUCGGUGCUGACAUUUGUGGCUUUGCUCGUGACACUACUGAAGAGCUCUGUCGUCGCUGGAUUCAGCUAGGUGCAUUUUACCCAUUUGCAAGAGAUCAUUCUGCAAAGGACACAAUCCGUCGAGAGCUUUAUCUAUGGGAUUCUGUUGCUGCAACAGCUAAGAAGGUGCUUGGCCUUAGAUACCAAUUACUUCCCUACUUCUAUACACUGAUGUAUGAUGCACAUACUAAAGGAAUCCCUAUAGCAAGGCCUCUAUUCUUCUCAUUCCCACAAGAUAUCAGAACUUAUGAAAUUAGCUCGCAGUUUCUGAUCGGUAAAGGUGUAAUGGUAUCUCCGGUGCUAAAGCAAGGAGCAGUUUCAGUUGAUGCAUACUUUCCGGCUGGAAAUUGGUUCGACCUUUUUAAGUACUCACAUUCAAUUAGUGUAAAUUCAGGGAAGUACCUGAAACUUGAUGCUCCGGCAGAUCAUAUAAAUGUGCAUGUACGCGAAGGAAGCAUUUUGGCAUUGCAAGGAGAAGCAAUGACAACCAAAGAAGCAAGAAAGACAGCAUUCCAUCUUCUAGUGGUCAUUAGCAAAAGCGAAAACAGCACCGGGAAAGUUUACUUAGACGACGGUGAAAGUGUAGAGAUGGGUGGGGAAGGAGAGAAGUGGAGUUUAGUGAAGUUUUCUGGUGAAGUAUCAGGGAAUGUCGUAACGAUUAGAUCAAAUGUUAUAAAUGGAGAAUAUGCUUUGAGUCAAAAAAGGAUCAUAAGCAAAGUGACAUUUAUUGGAUUAGAUAAAGCCAAGGAGUUUAGGGGGCAUGAAUUGCUCACUAAAAAUGAAAGGAGUGGAAAUUCAGGUACAAGAGCAAGAUUUUACAAGAACGAACAGUUUUCUACAUUGGAGAUGGAGGGAUUUUCUUUGCUUUUAGGAGAGGAGUUUCAGUUAAAGCUGGCAUUAGAUCAGUAAUGUAAGACUUGAUUCUCUGCUGUUUAUCAGGAAUCUAAAAUAGAAUAAAUAAAGAAAGCUAUUAUUGAGAAAUUGCAAGUGCAAUUGGAUUUCAUCUUAGUGAACUGUUUUGUGAAAGUGAUUUUUCACUGAAAAUAUCUCCGUCUCUCUCCAUAUGUUGAUGUGAUCUGAGCCAGUGAGAGAGAAACAGGAAAAUGAAAAACAGAAGCUGUUAUCUUCAAACAAAAAAAAUGUAAGCAAAACGACUAGUAUUAUCAAAUGGAUACCGCAUUUCUAAAAGGAAUA